AUGAAGGCUUCUACCAUCGCGUUUGCUCUUAUUCACGGGGCAACUUGGGCUGCCGCCCGCCCUGACGCAAAAGAGUGCGAAAAAGCAAAGACGGCGUACCUGCCAAGUGACAAGCCGGACGACGGGAAAACGCUUGUCAUCGAGGCCACGUUGGUGUACUCCAACCCUUCUAAGUCGCCCUCACCCCAGCGUCAGGCAGAAUAUGAACAGGCAUGGAAGGAAAUCGAGGCCAGAUGCAAUGGAUCUUGCAAGAAGUGUACAGAUUCUGGGGAACAAAACAGAAACAUCGCCCUUUCGAUCAAGUGCGAACUCGAACAGCCGCAGCAGCAGCAGCAGCAGCAACAGGAUGAAACGCAUGACACCGAAAAGCAGCAGAUGACUUGCCAAGUCUACGAAACCGACAACAAAGAGGCGUCGUUGGCGUCUUUCAAGGAAAUGACGGACGGGUGCAACAAGCGCUGCAACAGUUGCCAGGCCACCGUCCUGAAUCGCUUCGGCAGUCGCUCCGACAAGCGAGCCGGUUUUAACGCUGGCGCCUUCACCUGCAAGAAGCACAUGACUCACGAGGGGAGGCCCGUCUGGGGCCAGUAG